CGCUGCAGCACAAUAUACACAUAGUUAACCAGGUGUCGUGAAGAAAACAUUAGGAGCUUAAGCGUCGGUGUCGAGAAAGAACAUCAUUAACAGCCACAAUACUUUUGUUUCAUUAAUAAUAAUACUACACCGGUAGGUGUAGUCUUCAACAGGACCACAUGAAGCGGUGACUGUGUGCCAGGUAAACAGGCUUUUCAUCACCUUUGAUUGGGUCCCCCGUGUGAUGACAGUAAACACGACAACCAGCUUGUAUAAAAACUGCGCCAAUGUUCGUCUCUGGCAUCUUGCUGGCAUAACACUAACUGUCCCAGUCGCCCCGUGGUCCUGCUGUCACACGUUCAAGAUGAUGAAGCUGGUAGUCCUCACACUCCUCGUGGCCGCAGCCACCGCUGUCUACGUGGACAGGAUCGGCAGUUAUGGUCGCCAUGGAUACGGGUACAACACCCGCGGCUACGCCAAGAAAGGCUACGGCUACCAGAUUGCAGGCCGCCCUGAGGAUUACAUCUCUAGCUGCGGCGGCAACGCUUACAGCACCUACAACGAGGACUGCUGUGGCGGAGUGAUCUACAACAGACGCUACCAGGACUGCUGUGCUGGUCACCUGGUCAUCAACAAGCCUGCCCAGUGUCCAGGUCUUCCCCGCGUCCACGUCAACUACGGCUACAACAAAGGUUACGACGCUGGUUACGCUCCCAGAUACGACGCUGGUUACGCCCCCAGAUACGACGCUGGCUACGGCUACGGCAAGAAUUAUUAAGAAACUCUGCUGCCUGUUGUGAUAAGAGCUAUAAAGAAACGCCUAACCAGGCUCCCUCUCUCUCCAGUUAAGACAUUGAGCUGACUUUACAAUAAGAGCAUUGUGGAAUUAAGCCUUAUCAUGUUGUUUUAGUUUUUAACUGUUCACCAGAUUUGUGAAUAAA